UCUCGCGGGGAGAGAAGCGAGUGUCAAAAGUCCCAAAAUGUGAUUCCAAAAUCAAAGUGAAGAGAGAGAGAAGAAGAAAAAUGGGUACUAGAGAGAGGGAAAGAGAUCUAGAACUUCUGAUCCCUGUCGCUACAGUUUCUGAAAAUGGAGCCUCCAAAUCUUCCUCCGCACCCGCUGCGCCAUUACCCAAUCACCACUCCGGCCGCGAGGCUUUUGCUAAAGUCAUUCGCAGCUGGGCAUCGAAAAAGUUCAUGUCAGGAUGUGUGAUUCUUCUACCAAUUGCUAUUACAUUCUACAUCACUUGGGGCUUCAUUCGUUUUGUUGAUGGUUUCUUUUCUCCAAUAUACAAUCACUUAGGGAUCAAUAUUUUUGGGCUUGGAUUUGUUACCUCCAUCACAUUCAUCUUCCUAGUUGGUAUUUUCAUGUCAUCUUGGUUGGGAGCUUCUGUUCUUACUCUUGGUGAAUGGUUCAUUAAGAAAAUGCCACUUGUAAGCUAUAUUUACACGGCCUCAAAGCAAAUCAGUACUGCAAUAUCACCAGAUCAAACUUCAAAUGCCUUCAAGGAAGUGGCAAUUAUCAGGCACCCUCGUGCUGGAGAAUAUGCUUUUGGAUUCAUCACUUCCUCAGUUAUUCUUCAGAGCAGAAUGGAAGAGGAAGAACUCUAUUGUGUUUAUGUGCCUACCAAUCAUCUCUAUCUUGGAGACAUAUUUCUUAUGAGUUCCAAGGACAUCCUGAGGCCAAAUCUGUCUGUUCGAGAGGGAAUUGAAAUUGUCAUCUCUGGAGGGAUGUCAGUACCUCAAAUACUGACAACAGUGGACGCAAGAGCAAUUCCAAGUACAGGUGGAAUAGAAAAACUUUGCAAAACCAAAAGUAUGGUAUGAUAGUGAGUGGGUGAUCAACUUCAUCUAUCCAUAUGGAAAAUGGCAGUUUUUGCAGUUUGUCAAUUCAGAACAGCGUGCAACUGAACCUGGCCUGUCCUCCAUCUUCAGCAGCAGUAAUGAAGCAAACUCUUGCAGAGAGAUGAUUUGUAGCGGCUGCAAAUUUGAAGCAGCUCAAAUUCUUUAGAAACAAACAGGAGCAAAUAUUACCAAACGUUUUCUUUUUCCAGAUGUAUGAUUUGGUUCUUCGAGCUAUUCACUUUUUUAUAGGAAGGGGAGUUAUCUCCCAUUAUUUUUAAGUUGUAUAUCUUUACCCAUGUGGGGUGA